GAAAGAGAGGAACCAGAACAAGCGUCACUUGUGACCAAUGCCUGUGAAGUUGCAAAUCAUGAUAAGUCAGAUAGUGCAGCGGUUGAUACCUCCACCGUCAAAAAUGGUCCUCAACCAAUGGAAGAGAAGAAUGUUGAAGGGAUUCCUGAGACUGGAAUGGAGCAAUUGGCUGUAUCAGAAGCUAAAGAAAAUGGCACUGUGUCGAGCAGUGGUGAUGCUGGGGAAUUACUAGGUGGAGAUCAAAUUCAGGCUGGCAAAUCUGUUGACGAAGGAACAUACGUCAGCAUUCAGGAUGAUGGAUUGGAAAAAAGUGAGACUGGCAUUUCUCAUUGGCCUGAGCAUGAUAAACCAAAAUCAAUUCAUGAUGCUACAGAAAUAGUAGAAGCAGAAGAUGAAGCUAAGAUUCAGAUGGGGGAAGAAGCUGGCCUUGAAGGCUCAAUUUCAGAUGGGGAUAAUGAUGGUAUGAUAUUUGGAAGCUCUGAAGCAGCUAAACAGUUCAUUGAGGAGUUGGAGCGGGGAUCAGGUGGUAAUUCAUUUUCAGGUGCUGAUACUUCUCUGGAUCAGCCACAGAGAGUUGAUGGCCAAAUUGUCACAGACUCUGAUGAUGAAGUGGACACUGAUGAAGAAGGAGAAAACAAAGAAUUAUUUGAUUCUGCUGCCUUAGCAGCCCUCUUGAAAGCUGCGACUGGUGCUGACCCAGAUGGGGGAAGUAUCACAAUAACCUCUCAAGAUGGAUCUAGGCUGUUUUCGGUAGAGCGCCCUGCAGGUCUGGGAUCUUCAUUGCGAUCCUUGAGACCUACUCCCCGACCAAACCGCCCCAACAUCUUUACUCCGUCCACUUUUUCAAACAGUGGAGAUUCUGAGAGCAACUUGACCGAUGAGGAGAAGAAGAAGUUGGAGAGGUUACAGCAGAUCCAAGUGAAAUUUUUGAGGCUUCUGCACAGGCUAGGUCUUUCAACCGAUGAAUCAGUAGCAGCACAGGUUAUCUACAGAUUAACUCUUGCUGCAGGAAGGCAAAUUGGUCAACUGUUUAGCACUGAAGCUGCCAAAGCAAUGGCGCUGCAGCUUGAAGCAGAGGAGAAAGAUAAUUUGGACUUCUCCUUGAACAUACUGGUUCUUGGCAAAUCUGGAGUGGGAAAAAGUGCUACGCUAAACUCAAUUUUUGGGGAAGAGAAGGCUCAGAUUGACGCAUUUCAGCCUGCCACAACUACUGUGAAAGAAAUAUCUGGAUUUGUGGAUGGAGUGAAGCUUCGGGUUUUUGAUACACCUGGCCUCAAAUGCUCAGCGAUGGAACAGUCUUUCAACCGCAGUAUCUUGUCCUCAGUGAAGAAAUUGACCAAGAAAAAUCCACCAGACAUUGUCCUUUAUGUGGACAGGCUGGACGCUCAAACUAGAGACCUCAAUGAUCUGCCACUACUGAGGACCAUAUCUGGCUCUCUUGGAUCCUCAACCUGGCGAAGUGCUAUAGUGACCCUCACGCAUGCUGCGUCUGCACCUCCAGAUGGACCAUCUGGUUCCCCUAUGAGUUAUGAGGCCUUUGUUACUCAAAGAUCUCAUGUUGUUCAGCACUCUAUUGGGCAAGCUGUAGGUGAUCUCCGCAUGAUGAGUCCAAGCCUUAUGAAUCCUGUUUCACUUGUGGAAAACCAUCCUUCAUGUCGGAGGAACAGGGAAGGCCAGAAAGUGCUACCUAACGGCCAAACUUGGAGACCUCAGUUGUUGUUGUUAUUCUAUUCAAUGAAGAUUUUGUCAGAAGCAGGUUCCCUCUCGAAGCCUCAAGAUCCAUUUGACCACCGCAAGCUCUUUGGAUUCCGGGUUCGCUCACCACCUCUUCCAUAUAUGUUGUCUUCAAUGUUGCAGUCCCGUGCACACCCAAAGCUUUCUACUGAGCAGGGUGGGGAGAUUGGUGAUUCUGAUAUCGACCUGGAUGAUUUGUCAGACAUAGACAAUGAUGAUGAAGAUGAGUAUGACCAGCUUCCUCCUUUCAGGCCUCUUAGAAAAGCUCAAAUUGCAAAGCUCAGCAAAGAGCAGAGGAAGGCCUACUUUGACGAGUAUGACUACCGGGUGAAGCUCCUUCAGAAAAAACAAUGGAAAGAGGAACUGAAGAGAAUGAAAGAGAUGAAAACAAAGGGAAAGGAUGCUGAGAUUGUCAAUGGUUUCACAGAAGAAGAUGCAGAUUCAGCAGCCGCAGCUCCCGUGGCAGUUCCAUUACCUGACAUGGUGCUGCCUCCUUCUUUCGAUGGUGAUAAUCCUGCCUACAGAUACCGAUUCUUAGAGCCAACUUCACAGUUUCUAGCCAGGCCUGUUCUGGAUACCCAUAGCUGGGACCAUGAUUGCGGGUAUGAUGGUGUCAAUGUUGAAAACAGUUUGGCUAUUCUGAAUCGCUUUCCAGCAGCUGUCACUGUUCAAGUCACAAAAGAUAAGAAAGAUUUCAGCAUUAGUUUGGACUCCUCUAUUGCUGCUAAGCAUGGGGAGAAUGUGUCAAGCAUGGCAGGAUUUGAUAUCCAAAGUAUUGGAAAGCAGCUUGCAUAUGUUGUCCGCGGUGAAACCAAAUUCAAAAAUUUGAAGAAGAACAGGACCGCUGGUGGGGUAUCUAUAACGUUCUUGGGGGAGAACGUGGUCCCUGGGAUCAAGAUUGAAGACCAGAUUACUUUGGGCAAGCAGUAUGCCUUGGUAGGCAGCGCUGGGGUUGUUAGAGCUCAGCAGGACAAUGCUUAUGGAGCCAACUUUGAGUUGCAGCGCAGGGAGCAGGAUUUUCCUAUUGGCCAGGUGCAAUCCACAUUCAGCAUGUCAGUGAUCAAAUGGAGGGGGGACUUGGCUCUAGGUUUCAACAGUCUAGCUCAGUUCUCUGUCGGGCGUGGUUCAAAAGUUGCUGUGCGUGCAGGAAUAAAUAAUAAGCUGAGUGGACAGGUUACAGUGAGGGCAAGCAGUUCAGAACAUCUCUCUCUUGCACUCGCAGCUGUCAUCCCGACUGUAAUUUCCAUCUACAAGAAACUGUGUCCUGGUGUUGGCGAGAAGCACUUGAUGUAUUAGCUCCCUCUUUCACUUGGUGUUGCCUUGAUCAAUACCAAACGGCUUCAUUUUGGAGCUUCUGCAGAUUUUUUUGUCAUCUUGUUGGGUAACAUUUAUGUCAUCUAGUUUAGAACUGCAGCUCAUUACUAGAAUUUACAUGUUUUGGCGUGACGUUGAAUAUGAGAUGGAACUAAGAGGGUAUAAUUUCAUUUUUCAACUCCGAAAAUUUGGUACCAGAAUUCAUUAUGAUUAUCAUCGAAGGCAUGAAUUUUGCUAUGAUUCU